GGGCCCUAGAGAAAAAACGUGUGCUGAUGGCGGCGGUACCCGUAUGGGGCUACUUGAAUCUUGACUAGUUAGAUUGCUCGUCGGAUAGCACUAUAGCAGUAUUUGGAUUUGCACAAGAAUCAAAAGUAUUGUCAUGUUAUUGCGAUAUACGAAGUCUAUAAAAAGCCGGAAAAAUAAUCAUAAGGAAGGUGCGCAAAUUGAAAGUGCGGCAUUCAGCAUUUCCUCAUUUGUGGGGAAGUAUUUUGGUCCUCGCCGGUUUAUACCUGGUUGAGAGGUUUGUUUCUUUUAUUCAAAAUGGGGGGUGUUAGUUGGAAUUAUAGAGGGUCUGGAAACCUUGCCACCGUCCAGGUACUACAAGAUAUUACUUCCACGCAUCACCCGUCAAUCAUCUUCUUGAUGGAAACCCUAUGCGGCCAUGAACAUAUUACCCAUGUCAGCAAGCAACUGGGUUUUGAGUAGUUUUUAUGUGUUAAUUGUGAUGGCCAAAGUGGCAGCCUAGCCUUAUUGUGGAAGAACGACAUGAAUGUAAAUAUUCAGGGCUUCUCUCAGAAUUUUAUUGAUGCUAUUAUUUCUAUGGAAGCUCAACCGUUACCUUGGAGGUUAACAUGAUUCUAUGGCUGCCCAGAACGACAACGAAGGAGAGAAUCUUGGUCGCUACUAUAGCAACUGGACACGGCUAACAGCACACCAUGGGUGGUGCUUGGAGAUUUUAAUGACAUUUUGCAUGCCUAUGAGAAAAGAGGACGAUGCCCGCAACCCCCAUGGAUGAUAUCGGGAUUUCGAAAUGCAGUUUGGGGGAGCAGAUUAGUGAAUUUUCCCUUUGAUGGAUAUCAAUUCACAUGGGAAAGAGACCGUGGCACGAAACAUUGGGUGGAGGAAAAGCUUUAUCGAAUACCCGUUAAUGAAGGUUGGUUAAAUAUCUUUGGUGAUGCAUGUGCUACUUCCAUCACGGGUAGAAAUAGUAACCAUCUGGCUAUUUAUCUAAAAUUUUGUCAGAAAGAGAAAACCCAUAAGAAGACCAAAUUCAAGUUUAAAAAUCAUUGGUUAAAGGAGAAGGAUUGUCGGAAUGUUGUUGAACGUGCUUGGAGUUUGUGUGAGAAUCAGGUACUUCUGGAGCGAUUACAAUUUUGCUGCAUGGAGCUUGGAAAGUGGGGUAAUCAUCUUCGUAGAGGAUUCCAGCGAUGUAUCGAGGGAUGUAAGAGACGGAUGGCGCGAAGCCGAGAUAGAACGGAUGCCGCAGGACUGGCCGAGUUUGCAAGGGCCGAGUUUGCAAAGGUUUGUUAUCUAGACCUGCUGGAAAAAUAGAACCUGUUCCAUAAACAAAGGGCGAAGGAGUUCUGGUUGCAACAGGGAGAUGUUAAUACCAGAGGAUUGGGAAAUCCAGCUUCAGUCCAAUCAAUGCUUCAGUGUAUGGUUUCGGCCCUCGGCACAGGCAAUGAACAGACAGGGUGCGAUGAAGGGAUGAGCAAGGAAGAAUACAGAGCGGCGGUACGUCUCCCGCCUAAACCGCCUUGGACUGAUCGAGAUGUCGGGGUUUGGAAGAUGAAAGUUCAAGAAGUUUGGAGUAUUUGUCAGUUAUUCUAUUUUUGUUGGUCUUAUUUUCGUGUCAUGUUUGUUCACGGUGUUUCGUUUUUUGUUGAGGUUUUUAAUUUUGGAUCUUUGAUAAUGAUUGUCAAUUCUGCUAGAUAUUAUGUCAUUAGAAGGAUCUAUAUGAUUGUCUUUGAUAAGGAUUGCUCUUUCAUGGGUGAUCGUCCCAGCAAUAAAAUAUUUUGAUGAUUAGCACUUACUACCUCCGUCCCACUAAGAUUGGGACGGGAGAAAGUGGUACGAUUAUUAAGAAAAUUAUGUUUGUGUGGUUGAUAUUAGAUUGAUAAAGUAAGAAUAAAGUUAGAAUGAUUUAGAGCCACACAAUCUUCACCAAAU